AUGCACCCACAAACCGAACUUUGUCCAUCCUUCUUUCAUUUGUUGUCUACAACAGCAUUUAUUAUAGCAUUCUUUCUAUCUUCGUUUUGUUCCCUUUCUUUCUUUUAUUAUUUCUCUUCAUUACUUCUUUCUUUCUCUUCAUUCUCUAUUCCCUAUUUCUUUUCAGUUCUAUCUUUGUCCUUACUUGCUUUCACAUUGCAAAUGUCUUCUUUCUUUCUCAGUUCAUUUCUUUCUUUGACAUUUUCUUUCUUUUAUUUCCGGUUAUGUGAAUCAGUUUUGUCUCUCUUCUGCUUUCUUAUUUCUCUCUUUCCAUUUUUCUUUUUUGAUUUGUGUAUAUCUUUCCUUUCUUUCUUUAGCUUAUUUACAGUUUACUUACCACAUUCCAAUUUGCUUGUACUAUAUAUUCAUCUUUCUUUCUUUCUUUUGCUUAUUUACAGUUAUCUUACCAUAUUCCAAUUUGUUUUUACUAUUCAUUCAUUUUCCCUUGUUUGUUUGUUUGUUUCUUUCUUUCUUUAUUUCUCUUCUUUCUUUCUUUCUUUCGUUCUUUUAUUUACUGUUAUCUUACCAUAUUCCAAUCUGCUUUUACUAUUCAUCCAUUUUCCUGUUUUCUUUCUUUCUUUAUCACCACAUACUCACUACAUUAUAAUCAACAUCUUUUACAUUUAUGUCUCUCUCUUGUAUUUCAAAAUAAGUCCUUUUAUUUAUUUGACGAUUAGCAAUGCAUCAAACCCUAACCCGGUUAAUUUUUGCAUCUGGCAUUAUGUAACAAUAAAAAGAAGCUGA